UUGCUGCUUUUUCUCUUUUUUUUUUCUUUUUUUAGAGGAAACUGCUGCUUGACACGGGCAAGAAUGCAAGCAGCAAGCCAAAUCUUUUUUUUUUUUACACAAGCAGCAAGCCAAAUCUUGUUAUGGGCUGGAUCGGCAAAUUUUCAGUACAUGCAGAGAGAGAAGGCCGGCCCGUCAGCUUUCCUUCCAAAUCAUCCAUGGGCCAUGCCGGCCUUAAUGCACGAAGAAGGGACAAGCAAAGAAAACUUGCAAAAUCAUAAGUAAUUUAUUUUAAAUCAAAAAAUAUGAAAUGACUAUCAAAAGUUUUCUAAAAGGUAACCUAUUUGUUGGCACUAUACUUGUCGGUUAUCCGGAUCCAGUUUUUUAUGUUCAUAGUGUUUCAUUGCUUAUAGUUGUGCCUAUUAUUUUUGAGUAGAUAAGAUUCAAAUAGAGCAAUCAUAGAUAUGUUAUAUUUUUAGAAAAAGUUUAGUACUAAUUUCAUAUUUUUCUAAUUUAAAUGAAUUUGUUAUGAUUUUUUUGGAUCUAAUUAGAUUGUUUUAACUUCUAAAAAAUACAAAACCACCUUUUCUAAGCACCAAAUUUGCUCGAUUUUAACAGCUAGAUGGCCUAUGUUAGCCAAUUUUGUAUUGGAAUGUUGAAAAUCGGAUUUUUGUGAUAGUUCAAGAAGGUAAACUAGAUUUUUUUUUCCCUUUUUAUACUGAAAUAAAAUGAGCUCGUUCCGUGCAGAGCUCACAGCCACAAAAUAAAAGUAAGCACAACUAGUACACAAGUGCAUGCCAUGCAGUUGGACGAAAAUAGCUGCUGCUUCCUGUGAUCACUCCUCACCCCACACACGCACUUCAUUCUCUCACUCCUUCCCUUGCCGCACGACAGCCUCCAGCGAUCAUCGCUAGUCAUCGCCGGCGACGAAUUGAUCGAGAACGGGCCGACGAGGAGGAGGAGGCCGGAUUACUGAUAGAUGGCGUCGACGGCGGUGAGCGACCCGCUGGAGGAGCUAUGGAAGCACACCAUGUCGUCGGACAGGACGGACCUGCUGUGCUUGUACCCCAGCAAGAUCACCAUGAGCGGCAUCUGGACGGGGGACAACCCGCUCGACUUCUCCCUCCCGCUGCUCCUCUUCCAGAUCAUCCUCAUCACCACCACCACCCGCGCCGUCGCGCUCCUGCUCACCCCGCUCCGCCUCCCGCGCUACAUCGCCGAGAUCCUCGCCGGCUUCCUCCUCGGGCCCUCCGUGCUCGGCCGCAUCCCCCACUUCUCCGACAUCGCCUUCCCCAUCCGCAGCCUCUUCAUCCUCGAGUCCAUGUCCCUCCUCGGCCUCAUCUACUACACCUUCACCAUCGGCGUCGAGAUCGAGCUCCACACCGUGCUCCGCGCUGGCCGCCGGAGCUUCUGGUUCGCCGCCGCCUCCGCGUUCCCGCCCUUCCUCGUCGGCGCCGCCACCGGCUACGUCGCGGUCAGCACCGACGGCACAAGGAGGACCGCGGACCAGUUCCUCAACACCCUCUCCUUCCCUGUUUUCCUCGGCGCCACCUUCUGCGCCACUGCCUUCUCCGUGCUCGCACGCAACAUCGCCCAGCUCAAGCUCGCCGGCACCGACGUCGGCCAGCUCUCCAUCUCCGCCUCCCUCAUCAACGACACCUUCGCGUGGGGCGGCCUCACCGUCGCCACCGCGCUCGCGCACGUGCGCUACGGCAUGGUCCCGUGCUUCUGGACCAUCGCCUCGGGCUUCCUCAUCGUCGGCGCCAGCUACCUCGUCGUCCGGCCGAUGCUUCUGCGGCUGGCGGGGCGUGUCGCCGAGGGGGAGGUGGUCACCGAGCUGCAUGAGUGCUCGGUGCUCAUCGGCGUCAUGGUCGCGGCGCUCGUGGCCGACGCCGGGGGCACGCACGCCAUCUUCGGCGCGUUCGUGUUCGGCCUCGCCGUGCCCAACGGGCCGGUCGGCGUGGCGAUCGUGGAGAAGGUGGAGGAUUUUGUGGUGGGGACGCUGCUGCCCCUCUUCUUCGCCAUGAGCGGCCUCCGCACGGACACCGCCAAGAUCACCAGCAUGAGCGCUGCGGUGCUGUUGAUGGUGGCGGCACUGGCCGCGGCGAUCCUCAAGGUUGUCGCUGCGGUCACCGUGGCCGGCGCGUUUGGCAUGCCGCUGCACGAUGGCACUUCCAUCGGGCUGCUGCUCAACACCAAGGGAGUCAUCGAGCUUGUCAUCCUCAACAUUGGAAAGAACAAAAAGAUCAUGAGCGACCAGUCGUUCACGGUUCUGGUGUUCAUGUCGGCGCUGAUCACGGCGCUGGUGACGCCGCUGCUGGCCAUGGUCGUCAAGCCGGCGCGGCGGCUCGUGUUCUACAAGCGGCGCACCAUCGCGUGGGCGCAGCCCGAGUCGGAGUUCCGUGUGCUGGCCUGCGUCCACAUGCCGCGCGACGUGCCCGCGCUGCUGACCCUCCUCGACGUGGCCUCGCCCUCCGACCGCUCGCCGGUGGCGGUCCAAGCCCUGCACCUGAUCGAGUUCGCCGGCCGGUCGUCGGCCCUGCUCCUCAUCAACGCCUCCGCGCCGUCGUCCUCCUUCGAGCACUCCACGCACGGGCGCAGCCAGGUGGAGCUGCAGUUCAAGCACAUCUCCCACGCCUUCCUGGCCUACGAGGAGAACGUGCCGGGCGUCACGGCGCGCACGGUGGCCGCCGUGUCGCCGUACGCGACCAUGCACGACGACGUGACCGCCGCCGCCGAGGACCGGCACGCGGCGCUGAUCCUGCUGCCCUUCCACAAGCACCGGUCGGUGGACGGCGGCCUGGAGGUGUUCCACCCGGCGAUCCAGCCGCUCAACCAGAACAUCCAGCGCUUCUCGCCGUGCACGGUGGGCAUCCUCGUGGACCGCGGCCUGGGCGGCGUGCCCGGCGCCGGGUGCCGCGUGGCGGCGCUCUUCUUCGGCGGGCGCGACGACCGCGAGGCGGUGGCUCUGGCGACGCGCAUGGUGUGCAACCCGGCCAUCGACCUGACGGUGCUCCGCUUCGUCCAGAAGGGCGGCGGGGGCUUCAUGGGAGGCGCCGAUCAGUUCGACGCGCUCAAGGAGCGCAAGGCCGACGACGCGUGCCUGCGGGAGUUCCUGGACCGGGCCAACAGCAUGAGCGCCGGCGGCGGCGGCGGCGCGGGCGUGGAGUACCGGGAACGGGGCGUGUUCAACGCGAGCGAGAUGGUGGCGCAGAUCCAGGAGGUGGAGGCGCUGGGGAAGGACCUGUUCGUGGUGGGGAAGGUGCCGGGGCUCCCGGCGCUGACGGCGGGGAUGGCGGAGUGGACCGAGUGCCCGGAGCUGGGGCCGAUCGGGGACCUGCUGGCGUCGAGGGACUUCCAGACGGUGGCGUCGGUGCUGGUGGUGCAGUCGUACGCGAGGCCGUCUGCCGGGGCGGUUUCAGGGGAGCUGGGGGGCUAUGGCGGCGACGGCGGCGUGCCCGCGGCGGGGAGGCCGCCACGGCCAGAUCAUAUCCGUAGGAAUAGCAUUGGGAUGGGGAGCUGGAGCUAGAGAGAGGACUGGGAAUACCAUUGGAAACGCCAUCGCUGGCAGUUCUUUGAAUUCCAUAUUAAUUAGCCUGGAGAACAAGUCAUCUUCAUGGUUGCUA